GGUCUACUAAUUGAGCAAGUUCGCCAGGAGCAUGCUGGGCGUUACCGGUGUUCUGCAAACAAUGAAGCCGGAUUCCAGAAUGCCGUGAUCAGUCUCGAAGUACUGGUACCACCAAAGCUUCGGCGUCCACCUAAGCUGGAAGUAUCUGGUCGCCUCAAUUCGGUAUUGCAAUUGCACUGCGAGAUUGAGAGUGGCUCUCCGACACCAACGGUGAUAUGGGAACGUGACGGACUGACCUUCAGCCGAACCAAAAGUUACUAUACUACCACUGAAUCCGGCUUGUUCAUCUUUAAUUCGUUGAAGUAA